AUAGCUAGCUACCUAGAUAGGUAAGGUAGGUAAUUAUUGGUAUUGCGACAAUAGCGCAAGGGUUGGGGUUGUGUCAUGAGUGCUCCCGAUGCGACGGACAGUUCGGACGGUCAACCACGCAAUAACGCAUCAUAAAGAGUAGAUAACUACCUGAUGUAAUUAUUUACAAAAACUUAUUGGAACUAGACUAGCAGAUGACUGCCAUCUGGUUAGCAAGGUAUUAUCUGUUUAUUAAAGCAGCACCAAAGUCCAACGGACAUAGUCACGUGAGAUUUGUGGUUCCUUGCAUAAGGAUUGCUUUUAGCAAAGCUUAGGUCCGAUGUUGUCCGGUCUCGGGUCCACUAAAAAUUUGGAGAAGUUCAACAUUGAGUCCAACGCUUGUCAACGUCCCAAGUCCGGCGAUACAAACCUCGACCUCAACGGCUUUUAACAGAUCAAUCCAAUCGACGUCGGCGUCCCAGCGCACUUCUCAAUCAAGAUGGCAGCCUUUGUUAAGUCGGUAAAUGCCUACAUCAGGCGGGACAAGUACCUCAACUACUUCUGCUCAACACAUUUCUGGGGCCCGGCGUCGAACUUUGGUAUCCCCAUCGCGGCUGUCAUGGACACGCAGAAGAGCCCUGACUUGAUCUCUCCUGUCAUGACUGGCUCGCUCAUCGUCUACGCCGGCACCUUCAUGCGGUACUCGCUCGCCGUCACGCCCAAGAACUACCUUCUCUUUGCCUGCCACUUCGUCAACGCAGGCGCCCAGCUCACCCAAGGAUACCGCUACAUCAACUGGAACUACUGGGGAGGCAGGGAACGCGCAGCACUGGCGAGCCCCGUCUCGGCCGCUGUUGAGGCGGUCCAGGGCAAGCCGAUCCCGGAGAGUAAAUAAAGUGCCAUUGGAUGGGGUCGAUGAUGGAGACUUAUCAAGACAGAAAACACUGUUGAAUUUGCGGAGACUUCAAGGCUUUUAUACGUAAAGGAGUCUUCGUGUCUCUCCUGCAUAUUGACAGGUCAACGUAUACCGGUGAUAUUGGACGAGCGAUUGGCUUUUGCAUGGUGCCUAAUAUGGCUUUGUUUGCAUAAGACGCCUAUCACCUCACUCCGCCAGUACAUGGAUCCAUGAGAAAAGGAAACGCAGUAGUUUCUAAAAGACUACUGUCAGAAUUCAUCAGGUGAUGUUGGGGUUGGCACAAGUUUAAUAAUGAGCCAUUCAGAAGAGUCGAUGACGAGCAUAUACAGUAACCAUCAAUGCAUGUUAGUUUUGCGUAUUUAGAACUUUAGAACAUGAUAUCCGAU